AUGGGUACUCCAUCUUCUUUACCAACAAACCCUAACCCCAGUCCCAAUCCACCACUACCUCAAUCGCCACCACCGCAGACACCACCACUACCUCAAUCGCCACUACCGCAAACACCACCACUACCCCAAAGCCAAACACCAACCCUCAUUCCACCGACCCCCCUCUCGCCACAAACUGAGCCACAAAAUGAAACACCCAUUUUCGAAACUCAGUUCCAAGAACCAAUGUCUGAACCUGCGCCAACUCAAACCAAAUCUAAAGGUAAAACUAAAAAGGCUGCGGGUAGACCCAAGAAAGCCACUGUCAGAAAAAGAAAAGGAACGCCCUCUAUUCCUUUGGACUUAAACUCCCCACCGCAACUUUCCUCUGAACCAAUCAGUAAAAGAACUAGGUCCUCCUCGCAAAUUCCAUCACCAGCGGUUCAAACCCCUGUACCCCAGUCACCCUUAAACUCUCCCAAGCUGCCCAAAGAAGACUCGGCUAUCUACCAAUGA